ACAGAUCGGUCGGUUGAAUCGGGGAGAUAAAAUUUGUCCACCCCUGGGUCAAAGAUAACCUACCUGAAAAUAAUUGCUGGAGAAUCAGUUUUGAACAGAAAAGGUACCAAUCAAUUAACCUAUGAAAAUUACUGGCGUAUGGUUGUUGCAGACUGUAGUUACCAAACAAACAUACAUCCUUUGUUUCUAUUCCGUUUUCUUCCUCUUUGUAGCCAAUUUUGUAAUAGGGAACAGAAGAUUAGUCUUUCUCAUUAAAAAAAGACAAUUUAUCCUCUCUGCAAAAUGGGUCCAGUGAAAGUGCCAAUAGCGUGCUUCUCAGCUUGAUUAUUGGUUACUUAUUAUAAUAACACAAGUAGCGAUGUUGUAGUAACAUCCAUUCCACACUAUUCACUUCUCCACAAUGUCAAACGUCUUAGUUUUAUUCCUCUUCCUUAUCACAAUCUCCCACCGCGUUAUCUUCACCAACUCCCACUCUGAAAUCGUUCUCCCGAGUCAACACCACCGCGACUCGCUCACAUCAUCGAGUUGCCCCGCGCCUGACCCCGAUCUCUACUACCGGCCGGUUAUCGGAAUUCUCACUCAUCCCGGCGAUGGUGCCACCGGUCGCCUCAGCAACGCUACUGACGUUUCCAACAUCCCCGCCUCUUAUGUCAAAUUCGUUGAGUCUGCCGGUGCUAGAGUUAUUCCUCUCGUCUCUACUGAGCCACAGGAAACACUACUCAAGAAGCUUGAAUUGGUAAAUGGUGUUCUAUUCACUGGUGGAUGGGCUAAGGAAGGUUUAUAUUUUGAAAAUGUUAAAGCAAUAUUUAAGAGAGCUUUAGAGAAAUAUGAUGCCGGAGACUAUUUCCCUAUAUAUGGCAUCUGCUUAGGCUUUGAACUUAUAUCGAUGAUUGUAAGCGAGGAUAAUAAUAUUCUUGAAGCAUUUGCAGCAAGAAAUGAGGCAAGUAGCCUUCAGUUUGUGGAGAAUACAAAUAUAGAAGGAUCUGUAUUUCAAAGAUUUCCUCCAGACUUGUUAAAGAAAAUGAGUACAGAUUGUCUUGCGAUGCAAAAUCAUCGUUGUGGCAUAUCACCUUCAAGGCUCCUGGGCAAUGAAAAGUUAUCUAGUUUUUUCGAGAUCUUGACAACUUGCACUGAUGAAAAUGAUAAGGUUUAUGUUUCCACAGUACGUGCACGUAAAUAUCCGGUGACUGGCUUCCAAUGGCAUCCAGAGAAAAAUUCCUUCGAAUGGGGCUCAGCAAAAGUUCCACACACAGAGGAUGCCAUUCGGGUAACUCAGCAUAUUGCAAAUUUUUUGGUCAGUGAAGCGAGGAAAUCCUUAAACAGACCAGUUGCUAGGGAAGUGUUAGACAAUCUCAUUUACAAUUACAAGCCCACUUAUGGUGGAAAGGCAGGGAAAGGAUAUGAUGAAGUUUAUUUAUUUGAAUAAAUGUAAAUGCUGGAGAUAUCACUGCGCAUGAAAAUUUGAUGUAUUUUUACCUAAUUGUAUUGAUGUUGUGUGAGUUUGGCCGCACAUGAAACCCAAAUCUGCAGCUUUUAUGUUGAAUGUGUGUCCGAGUACCCGAAAACGGGUGAAUCACUGUUGUAUUAUUGAGUAUGUAGUGUCCAUUAGUAUGCACAAUAAUUGUUGUAUGACAACAUUGUACUGAAGGCCAUGUUUAUUGUAUUUAGCCCUUUGUAUCA